AUGUCGCUCUUGCGUGUCAAUGUCCCGAGUCUUUCCCAAGAACCACCACCACCUGCGACUCCGAGCCGCAUGAGCAGUGAGGGCAACAUGUCGUGCAGUGCCUACGAGUCUGUUAUCGCGUCGCCAAAGACCAUGCGUUCUACGUCUGCUUCUGAGCGUCGUCCCUUUGCUCCCGUCACUCCUCAACGCAAUGGUCGUGCGAACAGAAUGCGCGUCGCGUCGUCUCCGCUUACUCCCUCUAACUCCAAUUCCAGCGUCAUUUCCAGUCCAUUCACGCCUAUUACGAAUGUCUACUCAUCAUCUUCAUCUUUUGUCUCACCGGACUCGUCUGUCUCGACCAAAGUCGGGUCUUCACCGGAAUACCUCAAGUUGCGACAGAAGAGUAUUGCUGAUGCCACUCACAAUUGGAGGUCUCGUGCAAAGGAAAACGGAAUAAAAGUAGAUAGCGAUGAAAUCUCCUAUGCUGAUACCCUUGCCCUUAACUCUUUCAAUGACUCCGUUCCUGCUUCUUUUCUCUCCACCCACAGACGCCCUCGACAGGCGUUAUUUCAAGCCAACUCGGCUGAUGGCACGGCUUUCAUUUCUCCAAAGACCGCUCGUAUAUCUGCUCACGAUGGGGCCGUAACUGUCCCUGUUCCUUCAAGUCUCGCAUCCUCACUUCUAAACACUCCUGAAUCUGGUCAAUCACAAUCAUCAUCUUUUUCUUUGACUACGCCUUCUCCUCGCUCUUCACUUGCAAUCGUUCAGCGACUCCGUCAACGAGGAAGCGUGACCGAUCCCGCGCGUCCCCGGAGACGUCACAUUUCUGGGCCAAUUUUUGUGCGUUUAACAAUCGACUUCUAUAGCAUUCAUGUAUUUAAAGCACCACUACAGGGCGAGACUCUCUUUGACAUCGACGAGGACGCACCCUUCAGUGCGCCAAUCCCUGGAACAUUCGGAUCUCCAAUAACUCUCAGGAAGAAUAACGAUACCUUCACCGCAACUAAGAGAAGUGUUUCAGCUCCUUUCAUCGCGGCGCGAUUUUACGGGGGCGGCGUGGAUGAAGAUGAAGAUGACGAAUUCGAGGACGAUGGGUUGCCCGCAGCGCCAAAGAGGUCAAGAGCACGUACACAGUCCGUUCCAUCCUUGCCGACCAUUGCGUCGGUCUCGGAUGUCACCAUACAAGAAAACCUGGCUGAAAAUAUGUGCUCAGUUUGUUCUGCGACCUCAUCACCUUUGUCUGUCCUCGUGCCUUGCGAACACCUGAUCUGUUCUUCAUGCCUUACAAGCUCUCUGAACAUCGUCGGUGAGAAAGACAUGCGAUGCGCGACCUGCGAUAAAUCUGUGGAAGACUUCAGACUUCUUUCACCAUUGAAGAUUGACGCCCAGACUAUUGAAGAAACGGAGAGAUGCAAUACGAAUAGCGAUCUUGCAAUAAUUAGAGAUGAACCUAUGAAUCAGCUCCUGCCUAGUGCAAUCGAGAAUCUUUCUCUUGUCGACAGUGACGGGAAGAAACAGACAUGCAGUGAUCAAGCGAUGCAAAACAAGGGUGCAGCGCCUGUCGUCUCUCCCAUCACUAAAGACAAUAGUAAUCUCGCUGUUCUUCGUAUUGACAACGUUCCUUGGGACGUCACGCCUGCUUCGCUUUCCGAGUUCUUUUCACCUCAUGCAGUUGUUCGCGCGCAUGUCCUGUUGGAUUCCAAAGGCAAAACACUUUCGCAUGCAUACGUCGAGGUUCCUGCCAGUGACGCCCGGAAUGCCCUCAGGAACGUCCAGAAUAAGAGCCUCGGAAAGGGUCGGAGAUUGCGAGGGGUUACUGUCACCUUGAGUGGCCAGGCUGAGCUCAUGCGUGCUUUGUUCCCCAGUUGGCUUGGAAGUUUUGACGGCAGUCACCCAACUCUAGAUGGCCUUGAUCACCCUUCAAUGAUUAGAACGCUAGAGAAUGGUCUUAUCACUUUGCCAGAAAUCGACAGUCUCCUUGCCCUUAUGAAAAAUCCGAAGUCACACUUCCUGAAAGUUCCAACACUUCCGUUCUACUUGCUUGCAUCAGUUCUGUCAAAGUUCCCAAUUGAAGGGGACAGUCGCGUCUUUUGGAGUGCAAAUCUCCGUAAUGUACUCUAUGAACUUGCAACUGCUGCUUGCGAUUUACUUGUCGGACGUAUCCAAUCGGAGUAUCAUGAUCAACAUGCUUUGGAGACAAUCGUCUCGACAACGGUCAAUUGUCGACUGUUCACUGAUAUCCAGCGCCGUGGGCUUUUUGAGCGUGUCUUGAAAGCGGUCUCUUCUAAAGGUGGUGAAAUAGCUUGUGCCACUCCCGAUAUUGCGUCCGCGGCUACAACCAUGUCGCCUCAGUCAGAUGAACUUAUUCUCGAUGACGAAUUGUCCUCUUUGUCAGCUUCAACAGCAUCGAUUCGAAGCGGGUCCAAUUCCCGUGGCCCUCAUUACGGGAACCUUGCAGGAUUGCGCCAGAACGCUGCUCCAUUUUCAUACAACGGUGCUGUGCCGUAUGGGACUUCUCUUCAAGCAACUCUUUCUGGAUUGGCAUCGCCCCAGAUGAUGAAUACACCUCUAGGAUUACGAUUCUCCAAUCCCACUAUGAGUGCUGGGAUGCAAUUCCCUUCGAGAGGCCCGAUGAAGGCGCCAUACGAUAUUCUCGCACGCGAGUUCAACGUCGAUCCUGAUUUGGUUGCUGCACUUGCACAACGACUCGCUUAUGCGGGACAAACGCUGCCUCCUCAAGGCUUAGGGUCGUUCGGAUACGUCAACGGCCGGAUGUGAUUCUUGGACUGUAAUACGAACCCGAACACGACUUCUCCACGAUGAACUACGACUAGAUUGCCGAAACUCUGUUCCGUUUUACAUCAAGAUGCAUACUUAUUCUUACUCAUCGCAUGUUUCACGUCGUUGAAGCCAUCAGCGGCGCUUUCUUCCGUGCUGAAAAGUCCCAAAUGGGCUACUUCUGACUCUUGUUCCUUUGCGCUAAUGACCUAAACCAAGUGUCUAAUUCAUAACCCACCCAUGUUCCCAUUUCUCAGUCAACAGACUAGCUAUUAAACCAAACAUCACUGCGCUCAUCAUGCUUUAUUUAUUCCUGUUGUACCAGAUGACAAAAUGCUGUAUCACAUGCAU